AUUGCUUCUACUAUGUCAUUUAAUAAAAAAGGUCGAGAAGACUUAAUGUAAAUAACAAAUGACGAAGAUGGAAGAGAAAUCAAUCCUCAUAUGCCUUAAUAUAUUAUAAAUGCACCAUGUAUAAUAAUAUAGUGAUUAUUAGGGUAUUUAAAGGAAAGUACUCCAUCAUUAAAACAUUAAAGAAUAAGAAAAUAAUAGAAUACUAGUACAUUUGAUAAUUGGUAUCAGAGAGGAUCAAAAGUAUAUUAAAAAAUCAUAUAAUAAUAGGGAGCUACAAAUUUUAAAUUUAAAAAAGGAGCUUGUACUAAUUGUGGGUCCACAACGCAUUAAAGUAAAGAUUGUUGUGAGAGACCCAGAACCAUAGGAGCAAAAUAUACUGGUAAAGAUAUUUAAUCAGACGACAUUGUAACAAAUGUUGCUGGUUUAAAUUAUGAUGCAAAAAGAGAUAGAUGGAAUGGCUAUGAUCCAGAAACUUAUAAAUCAUAAAUAGAAGAAUAUGAGAUUCUUGAAGAAAAAAGAAAAGAAGCUAGACUCUAAGAAGGUUAAUAAACAGAGUCUGGCAAUUUAGAUGAUGAAUUUAAAGAUAAUGGAACUGGUGAACAUUAAACUUAAAUGACAACUAGAGAUCCAAGAACUAAGACUAUGACGAGAAAUUUACGUAUCAGAGAAGAUAGAGCUAAUUAUUUGUUGAAUUUAGAUGUCAAUUCAGCAUAUUUUGAUCCAAAAUCUAGAUCUUUAAGAGAAAAUCCAAAUCCUCAUUUACCUCCUGAGAAAUAAGUUUUUAAAGGAUUAAAUUAAAUUAGAUUGACAGGGGAAACUCUAUAAAUGUAUGAAUAAGAAAGAUUUGCAUGGUAAUAUGCUGAAUAGCAUAAUUUAAAUCUAAAUACAGUAUCAUUACCAACUUUAACAGAGAAAACAGUAUGAUAUUCAUAUUAAUUAAAAUAGUAUAAAUAAAUUAAAGCAAAAAAGGAAGAAUAAAAGAUUGGAAGAGCGGAAAGUUUAAUUGAUAGAUAUGGUGGAGAAGAUCACUUUGAUCCACAAUUGGAUUUGUUAUUAGGAUAAACUGAAAAAUAUGUUGAGUAUGAAGAAGAUGGAUUACCUAAAAAUCCAUCAAAGAAAAAAGAUUUAACUAAAAGCAAAUAUUAAGAAGAUUAAUUUUAUGGUGAUCAUACAAGUGUUUGGGGUAGUUGGUGGAGUGAUGUUCUUGGUUGGGGAUAUGAUUGUUGCUAUUCUAAUGAAAAACUGAAUUCAGUUUGUUUAGGAGAUAAUGGAAAAAGAUUGUAAUUGAAUAAAGAAGCUCGUUUAAAAAGAGAAAUAGAAGAAGACUUAUAAAAAGCACAAACUUAAGAUUAAGGGUCAAGUCCAUUACACUAACAACCUCAACAAAAAAUUAUUCAAUAAGCUUAAUAACAAUGA